GACUAUGCCCCCUGGGGCACGUACGCAUACCGUACUCACUCUGGCCCCAGAAAGAGGUUCCAGACGCACAGUAGCACUCUUAUGACAGUGCCUGGCGCUACCACCAUCGUGACACUCUUGACGUCACUACACAUGGAUUUUCUCCAGGUGCCCUGGUUUCGUCCCACGUACAAUUGGCCACGCUUUAAGAUUUACGUGGCUUUUCUGGAUCAUUGGAUUACAUUAUUAUGUUUCACUAUUCAAAUAAGCAUGGGUUGCAGCACUUCCAUAUCAGCUGUAUGAACAAAGUCCUUAACCUUACCCAAUUCCCUGCAUUAUUAGGAGGAGGGAACAUGCCAAUCUUCGCUACAAGAGGUGAUCAAACACUUGGUUACAAUUUUGAACAGCUAAGGGGAGAUCUAGGCAUUGCUGGUAUGAAAGUGGUCCUAGGUGGAUGCCUGCUCCUCUGUUGGAAGACUGUCAGGAGAAUUGUAGAGAUGACAAGUCAUAAGUUAGCGGAUAGAUCAGCUCCAUGGUAGUUGCUGGUGUCGAGUUCAUAUUGUAUUUUCACUACAUAGUCCAGUGGAUGUUCUUGCUUGUGGAUGUGCCGGUGAAGGAACAGCGAAUUUGUAAUUACAAGCACAUAAAUCUUGUAGCCUCUUGCCAUCAUAAAGCUGAUUUGGCCCAUCCAUUACAAUAUACUUUACCCAGGUUUUAACGCAAUGUUCCACUUGGGGAUUAAAGUCACGUGGCGAAGGAGGUCAUCAAAGGAAUCUUGACUCAUCAGCCCUUGCAUUCCGUCCGUCAUUCGGUGUUUGCAGUAAAGCAGUUGCCCGUUGUUUAUGGAGAUUUCCAGAGGGUGGGACUUCAGUCUUCUGGCUCUACUAAUUGAAGUGUGGCCAAGGGCACAUGGUUUUGUUUUUAUUUCAUGGUCUAGUGAUAAUUGAGUUACAGUGGAAGGGCUCGUAGCAGUCCCUUGCACCAAGCCAGGGCUCCCGUUUUUUAUACUGUGGUGGAUGUGACCUUACCACCUCGGUUGGAUCUGCCAGGAUAAUCAGCCCACUACUGUGCCAGCCUCUCCCCAGAUGGCAUUUCCCACAUUACAUUGCAGUGUUACUGUCUUGCACCACAAUAACAUCAAUAAUAAUGAUUUGGAUUUAUGUGGCGUCUUAAUACUACAAGUUUCCCUAGACGCUGUGCAGGAAAACCUAUUUACAUCAAAUAACGUAGAGGAAACAUGAAAUAGGGCAUCGACGAGCCACAGUGAUCGAGCACCCAUCACAGUAGCAUAGCCAUAAAAUUGGAUCAAAUUGGAUGAAAAUAGAGAUAGAGAUUGGAUCAAAUAUUCCUACCUUAAACACAGAGUUGCGAGUUGUUUUGGCAGAACGUACAAAUACAAUUCAAUCAUAUAAUUUACACUGCCUUCACAAUAACAUUCAAAUGUGAAUUAGCUUUAAAAUAAUGUUUGUCAGAAUGCUUCAUUAAAAUCCCUUUCAGGGACCCCCUUUGCCUCUGAAGAGAUAUAGUUGCUCUUUAAAGGGGCUCAUUGUACUUUGGGACGGUGAUUCAUUAUUUUGGGUGGUCCCUCUCUCUCUCUUCCUGUGUGUGUGGGGGUUUUCUGUCAGAAUGCGAGGCUGUGCGUUGUGGGAGCAGAGCAUCUUGAGCAGCCAGCCCUAGCACACGGCUCUGCCUGGGCCCUGGGACAAUUAAUGCAGAAUGCGAGCCUGCUCAUUGCGGAAGGUGAGCGACUGAACAGCUAGCCCUGUCACACGCCUUACCUGGGCCCUGGGAUAUUUUUUUACAGACUCAUCACGGCAAUUUACACUGAGUCAAGCUUCAAGCUGUGCAUCGGAAACUGGUUACCAUCAAAAUUUAUUUGAGAAAAUGUGAUCGACUGACAGGCAGCAGUGAGACAGAGAGACAACCGGUUUCAUGCUUCUUUGGACUCAAUGGUAAAAUAUAGUCACCAAUGCUCACUGCUGCAGUCUGCUUCUGGGAAACAUAUAUGUACAGUCAGACACGAUGCCCUGACCUUGCCUUGGUCACGAUCGUUCAAAGGUCACAGGCAGCGUGACUUCCGCUUCAUUUCGUCCCCAUUUCUCUUCACCGACUCAAGUCGCUAACUUACCAAGGCCACUUAACGAGCAUACAGGAGCGAGCACCCGUUUGUGGCGAGGAUGUCUAUGGAGAGUGAAGCACAGGGAGGGGCGCUUGGCAAGAAGGAAAGAAGAAGAGGCCCCUUCCGUGCUCUUCGCAACUCUCCCCAGAGUCGCAAGGGUCAAGAUAAAAGCGACACAGCGCUGAUUCAACGGUUCAAGGGCGACGGCAUUCGCUACCGGGCCAAGAUGAUCGGGGUCGACUCAGUGGCAGCGGCACGCGGCGACCGCAUGUGUCAGGAUUCCAUGAUCAAACUGAAGGGAAUGGCUGCAGUAGCGAGGGCCCAUGGGCAACACAAGCAGAGGGUCAUUGUGUCCGUCUCCUUCUCCGGAAUCCGGAUUUACGACGAGCGGUGUGGAGUCCUACAACACGAGCACCCCGUGCACAAGGUGUCGUUCAUUGCACGGGACGUCAGCGACCACAGAGCAUUUGGUUUUGUGUGCGGCACGGAGGGGGAUCACCGGUUCUACGCCGUGAAGACGGCGCACGCUGCUGAGGGUCUAGUGAUGGACCUUCGCAACCUCUUUCAGCUCAUCUUCACCCUUCGUGAACGUGAGCAAAAGCAGCAGCAACAGAAGCAGCAUCCGCAGCAACCACAGCAGCAGCAGCACCAGGAAGGCACGGACAAAGAGCAGAGCAAGGAUAAGCAAGUCGAUUCGUGCGCCCUUUACCAGACGAUACCUGACGACGACUCAGACGACCCAGUCUACCAGUACAUUAUGUUUGAGCCCAGUCCGGACUCUGAGGAGUCCAUCUACCAGGUGCCAUCAAGUCAGCUGAAGGAUGGAGUGUACGACAUCCCAAUCUACAAAGCCUCUGAGAAUGGAAGCUCUCUGCUAGAACUAGAAGCCCAAAUGGACAGAAUGCUGUUGGACUCUUCUCAGUUUGGUUUAUUUGGAGACAUCACUACACCACCGGACAUCACCUCCCCUCCCACCCCUAUUUCUCCAGAUCUGUUUGGACUUGGCGAUGUCUCCUCGACCAAUCAACAGCUUCCGCCCCCCCCUCCAAACAAGAUGGCUCCCCUAGGUGGGUUGGCCUACAGCCUGCCCACCACCCCCGCGGCAGCGUGGGGCACCAUGGGCCCCGUAGUGAUGUACCCGGCAGGGUGGGUGGCCCCCCAGCAAGCGUCCUGGCCCGUGGCUGCUGCGGUGACCCCCCCGUUCGUUGUGGCCCCCUACGCUGCCAUGCCCCCCACUACGGCCCGGCCUCAGCCUCUGCCCGCUGCCAUACAGGCAGGCGCCCAGGCGAGGAGAGGAGCCAACAAUAGCGCGUUUAAGGACUUCCAGCUGGCCCAACCACCUCCAGUGCCGGCACGGAGCCACCCACGGGCAUCUGCACUCGCCGGGACCUCGGAUAAGUUUGCCGAGUACUUCUCCGAGAGGAUCGGCGUGGCGCAGGACCCCGACGACACAGACGAUUAUGACAUUUCACAGCUGACCGUCACGCCUUCCGCUUCAGAUCCUUCCUCGGGGUCUCUGUCGGCUGCGUCAUCAGCACCGGCUUCACCACCAAGGGCCGAGGCUCCGGCCACAGGCGCCGGCGCCACCACCGCUACAACCACCACCACUACACCCAGCACCACACCCAGCCAUGCUCCCACUCCCGCAUCAAGGUCAUUCGAACACAGUCCCAAAGCUACUGGAGAUAAGGCACCAACACAGAACCCCACUGAAGCAGCAGUAUCUGCUGCAUCAAUUUCGCCUGGAGGGGAUUUGUUGGGAGACGAUCCAUUUGGUGAUUCUUUAAUGUGAUCAUUCAUGGUUUUCCAGGAUGAGAAUUGAUGGAGAACAUUUGAGACUAAAAAGGAAAAUCUAUCAAGGAACGUUCAACCGCGUUUUUAUUUAACCGUGCUUCCACCACCACUGACGGUGAAGAUGUUUCCCUCAUUUUAACGACUGGAAAAGCCAUCACAGAAGGAAAAACCUCAAUUGACAUGCAAGUCAAGUGAGUUGGAACCGAAUGGUGUGAAAGAAAGCAACAGAUUGGAAGAUGGGAAAAAUAUAAAUUAUGUAAAAUGAAAUCAAAUUUGGCCAGGCAAAAUGCAUUUGGAAACUGAUUGUAAUAUUUACUUUUCGAAAACAUUAUUGCAGGAUUCAGUGUCCCACGGAACAAGAUAUAUUCCUGAACUGGUUUAGCUUAUGAAUCAGGAUUAGCCUUUUGUGAAAAUCUUUCAGAAUUUUACAGUGAUGGUGAUAUUGUUGUAAUAUAUUUGCUGAAGACACUGCAUUAUUGAAAUUAUCCUCACCACCAACUCCAUCUCUCUCACCUACUCUUCCUUUAACGUUGCCAAACAAAGAUUUUGAAAAACAAAUCUUCCAAAAUUAUCAUCUUCACCCUCGUUUCACGAUCGGAGAAUGCAAAUUAGCAUUUUCCAAUCUGAGAGAGGUUUUCAUUUCCGUUGAGACCUCAAAUUUUACAUAAUGUUGAAGUGUCACUCGUGAAGAUUUUUGCACAUCAUAUUGUAAAAAAAUAUUAUACUUGUUGUUUAACUCUUGACAGCUCAAAUCAAUCUUGUCAAAUUUUACACGCAUAAUUAAAGUUUUUAUACUUAAACAUGCAA